AUGGCGCUGAUCCCGUCUCAGGUCCUGCGGGUCGCCAUCCUGCUGUCUUAUUUCUCCAUCCUGUGCCACUACAAAGCUCUGGACAUGCCUGCUCACCAGACGUACGGAGGCAGCUGGAAGUUUCUAACCUUCAUCGACCUGGUGAUCCAGGCGGUGUUUUUCGGCCUGUGCGUGCUGAUCGACGUGUCCAGUCUGCUGACUAAAGGAGGCGACAGCAGGGAGCAGGAGAGGCAGCUGAGGAAGCUGAUUGGCCUGAGGGACUGGAUGAUGGCCGUCCUGGCUUUCCCUGUCGGAGCGUUUGUGGUCUUUACGUUCUGGUCCCUCUACCUGUACGACAGAGAACUGGUCUACCCGAAACUACUGGACAACUUCAUCCCUCAGUGGCUCAACCACGGCAUGAACGACAUUGAGGAAAUUGAGGUUCCACAGAUUGAAUCAACAUUCAAGGUGGUUGAACCUUCCGUGGAGUUGCGAAGGCGCUUACCGGACACGCCAAGACUGGUCAUUCAAGGUAAUGUCCCUUAUGCUCCCUUUAUCUCUUACACUCUCAUCACUUUUCCAUACUCUGCUGAUCUACACACUCAUCAGCAAUGA